GAAAUGCAGUAAUUGAUAUAGACAAGGAGAGGCAAAUGGAGAGGGCGGAAAGGGAGAGAGAUACAAAGAGAAAGAGAAAAGAGAGAGAAAGAGAUGACGAUGAUGAGAUUCCCACCAGCAAGACCAAAGAUGGUGGAGGAGAAACAAACCCAAAUCCCCACAAAGCCAAAUCCUGCAAAGGCUGUCUCUAUUAUUCUUCUGCCCUCAAAUCUCAUUCUUCAAAUCCCCUUUGUAUUGGAAUCACUCGUUCUCUUCCUCAAGUACCUUGCAACAUAGUUGGAAAAUCUGAGCUGGAAGCUAACGAGAAGGACAAGGACUUUGCAUAUUUCAAGUAUGGUUGUGUUGGUUACUCGGUCUGCUCAGAUCGAAAGGGUCAAAGAGAUGUGCGCGAUAAAAAAUCAGAGCUUCCUGCAUGCAUCGGAAUCGAGAUAAUAGUAGAUUGCCACAACCUAGGACGCAAAAGCCAACACAGUCCGUAGGUGAUGAGUUCUUAGAAAGG